AUGCAUUAUGUGCAGAAGUAUUUGGAAAAAUUACCACUUCCCAAAGUUAGUAAUAAUGUAACUACUGUUAAUAAAACGAAUAUUUAUCUCUAUUGCAACUAUUACAGCUGCUACUCUCAAAAGGUUUUAAUCGCACUGUACGAAAAAAAUAUUUACUUUGAACCAUUAUUUGUCGAUAUAACAAAAGGAGAACAGUAUUCAUCUUGGUUUUUAGAUAUCAAUCCUCGUGGUGAAAUCCCUGUCUUGAAAGUUAAAGAUCAGGUAAUUCCUGAUUCUACAAGGAUUUUAGAUUAUUUGGAAUUUUAUAUGGACCAAGAUUUAAAGCCACUGAUAAAUGUGUCAACCGACAAUAAAGUGCUAAAUGACAUCAACAAAUUUCGUGACAUGAUAGAAGCAUUGCCGACUGGUCUGAUCACAGUGGGAUCAUUUUUCCAACCUCAAUUAACUGGAACACCUAAAUUGCCAUUUAUUCUUCCAGUACGAGAAAUUCUUAAAACUGGGGAGUUGAGCAACUCUGCAAAUUUAAGGAAGCUGGCAGAUGAAAAUCCAAAAGCUAAAAGUAUAUUGCUGUACAAAGCCGAGAUACAAGAACAAAAGCAUGAAAUAAUUACUAAUGAAGAAGAAUAUACUAAAGUUUUGAACGUCAUAGACCAAGUGUUCACUCAAGUUGAAGAACAACUGAAAAGUCAACCAGAAGGUAACUGGUUGUGCUGUGAACAUUUCAGUAUAGCUGAUAUAAAUUUAGCUGUUCUUCUACAACGUCUUUGGGAACUUGGAUUUGAAGGGAGAUUUUGGGCAGAAGGAAAACGGCCACUGAUAGAAAACUAUUACGAACGUGUAAAACAGCGCGAUUCCUUCAAACGCACAAUCCCUAAUUUACCAGUUCACUUAAAAAUGGUUGUUAUGUCACAGCCACCGGCGUACUUGGGAGCCGCAGGUGCCGCGUCUGUGGGAGCGGUACUUGCAGUCAUGUAUAUCUUCAAAAAAAUUUUAUAUUAA